CAGCCCACCAGGACUGCCCCCCUGUCCUCGACGGGCACGGCUCCGGCCCUCCAGCUUGCUGCCCAACCUUUGGACUGGCGGGGAAGGCGCGGAUGAUGAAGACGAGACGUCUCGAGAUGGUUCGGGCUCUGCUGGCCGGGGCCAUCCUGGUGGGAAUCUUCCAGGUGCAGGCGUCGCCGCAGGGCCCGGGCCCGGACGCGUUCGACGACCAGUACCUGAAGUGUGCCGAGCGCAUGGAGGCCAAAUUCGUCCCGCCGCUGCUGGAGGAGGAGCGGGCGGCUCACCCGGCCUUCGGGGCGGCCUGGGAGGAGGCGGCCGCCCGCUGGGAGGCCCGCAAGGCCCGGCUGACCUUGCCCGACGGCUUCAAGGACAACCACGGCAUCGCGGCCCUGGCGUUCGCCCACCAGGCCGGCCUGGGGACGCCCCUGGCCGCGGAGUUCGCCGAGGCCGUGGGCCGGGCCGGCCGCUCCCGGGACGCCUACGUCUACGGCUUCCCCUUCAAGGCCUUCCACUUCUACCUGACCCGGGCCCUGCAGCUGCUGAGGCCCGAGUGCGAGGAGACCUACGGGCGCGGGGUCUUCGCGGCCGGCGCGGACCCCCUCCCCGGGGGCCGGGGCCCGGGGCCGGUCCGCUUGGGCCGCUUCACGGCGGCCUCGGCCAGCGGGCCGGAGGCCCGAGAGCCUCCCGGGGGAGCGGUCUUCACCAUCCACACGUGCUUCGGCGUGCCCGCGGAGAGGUUCUCGGACGCCGAGGGCGACCGCGGCCUGAUCGUGCCGGGCACCGAAGUGUUUCGGGUCACCCACGUCGGGCAGGACGGGGCCCGGCGCCGGCUGGUCCUGCAUAGCACCAACCGGACCUGCAGCCACUACGACUGCGCCUAUCUCGGAGGGUUGAAAUCGGAGACGUGUGUGGACAACACAGACCAGCUGAAGCCCAGCUUCACCUUCCAACCAGGAGUGAAAAUGGAGGACCGGGAACGAGAGGAUCCUGGAACGGAGAUCCGGGAGCCUCCGGCAGAGACAGACGCCCCAAGCAAGACUCAGGACGACAGCGAGAGCCCAAACCCCCUGCUCAUCUUGCCUCAAGCCCCCCUAUUCACCACCCCGGGACCCCCGGAAUGGGCUGGUGGGCCUGCCCACCCUCCAGCCGGGCAAGGAGAGAAAAGCCACGAACACAUGGAAAAGCCAGCGCCCAACAGCCACCCUUCCUCCUCCUCCUCCUCGUCCGGCGAGAGGCACCUUCCGCGACUUGGGCCGUUGGCGUUCCUGGCCAUCACAUCCGUCCUGACGCUUUUUGCCCGUCUCUAGCCGCCGCCGGGCAAGGCCGCCCCCCGCUCGCCCACCCCAUGGGGGGCCGAACUCGCCCGGUGGGCGCGGGAAGGCCCCGAGGGUCCCGGGGUGGGCCUCGACCCAUCCCCGCCGUUACCCCGUCACUACAUUGGUUCACUGACCCCCCUUCUACACUGUGAGCCCGUCGUCGGGUAGGAACCGUCUCUAGAUGUUGCCAACUUGGACUUCCCAA